AUGCGGAGUCCAAACAGUCAGGCGUCAGCUCCUGUCACCUGGUCUGACUACCGACCCAGAGGCAGAACACCAUCACCAGCGUGGCCUUACAAGCGGCGGCAACAACGACCUCUCUUUCGUACAUCCGUUCCACCACCAUCCUCACGCUUCAACAUCGACUACGACGUCGAAACAGCAUUCAACAACCCCACGUCGGCUGUGCUGACGCUGCUGGCGGUGGAUGCGAUGGGCAACUGGCAGCGCCACCAUCCAGGACGGACACCCUCCCUGUCCGCCACCGCCACCGUCCUCGUCAGGCUACCUCACCACCACAACUUCACCACCACCCGACCUCCACCACCUCAACAACAACCACCACAGCCGCCACCACGACGCAGGGCCACCAGCACCAGCAUCUGGAGCACCCCAGGCUUCUGGCGUGUUCGCCAUCUUGAUGUCGUUGCUGGGCUGCUGCUGGUGGCGGGCAUCUGGUAUCUGUGUACACGGUCUGGCAGCAGCUUCAGCAACAUCUGCGGCCCUGAAAAGCCGCCGAUACGAGUUCGUCCUGUAGAAGAAUGCGAGGACAUGGGCAGCAGAGACAACCUCAUAAGACAAGAGGCACCGCGAGUAUCUCCAAAUUACCGUGAAAUAGCCUGGGGUUUAGAUGACAACUUCGAGGACGGAAUCGGAUACAACGGCCGCCCGGCGUCUGGCAUCUUCUUCACUCGCAACAGCGCCAGGCGGGCUCUGCCUGCCCCCAGGGUUGCCUACUGAUGACUCAGUGAGUCUGUCCUCACAUGGCUACUGAUGACUCAGUGAGUCUGUCCUCACAUGGCUACUGAUGACUCAGUGAGUCUGUCCUCACAGAGGACAGAACUCACCUUCCAGUCUUGUUCCUGGAGGACAUUUGAACUUCUCUUUUGCAGUCACAGUGUGACAGAAAUGUCAUAAAUUAUUUUCUUGUUUUGUUAUUAAAUUCUUAUUUUUAGACAAAUUGAACUUUUACCUGUAAGGUUUUUAAUGACAUAAAGGCUUCCACUUCUUUCAUCUACCUCAUUCACACUUUAGUCACUUUCCUUCCUCCACUUGUCAUCCCAUUCGUUUAUUUCCUUUAUUAGAUAAAUUAAUUUAAUCUUAAUUACAGCAUUUUCCACCCAUUGAACUGCAGAAGAAUCAUUGUACUACUUUCCUGUGUUUUAAUACUUUAAAUUAUUAUUUACUUGUUAUCUAUUAUUACCUCGUUACACGCAUGGUGCGUACCUCUGAUUUACUCACACAAACUGACAAGACAAAUGAUGGCUAAAGUACAACUGAUGAUGUUUCCGACCUGAUUCAAUUUGGCAUAUCUUGUUUUUAGUAAAGUUUUAUUACUUUUUAAAGCCAAUCAUUUUCAUGUUCUUGCAAUGUUAUGCAUAAGCUGUGAUAACUGCUAGGUAAUAUGUCAUGGUUAAAUAAAAAAAAAUUCUAGAUUCUUGACAAUGGUUUACUUUAUUUUUAGUGUUGUUUCCUGUAAACAUCCUUCUUAACAAACACUUGGAAGAUAA